CCAGCUGUUGCCGGCCGGUGGUUCAUUCCAGGCACACCCUCCUCCAUAGGAAUGGUUUGCCCCAUCAUCAGAGAACUUUAUCAUGCCGGGACCAAGGGAAGGAGGAGGCGCUACAUUAGAACAAUAAUUAUGAUCGCCCUGCCCCGGACUGAAGGGAAUUGAACGUCUCAUCCCGCGGCUCUCAGCCAGACUGGACUGGACGCUCUCGCGCUGCUCUCGCGCUUCCUUCCGGGCCCAUGGAGCGCUGCGCCUGCGUAGAAAGGGAGCUGGACAAAGUGCUGCAGAAGUUCCUCUGCUACGGGCAGCACUGCGAGCGGGGCCUGGAGGAGCUCCUCGGCUACGUCACCCGGCUGAGGGAGGAGCUGGGCGCCGCAGCCUUGCAACGGACACCGCUGUCUGCCACACUCUCCCUAGUUAUGUCCCAGUGCUGUAAGAAGAUCAAGGACACUGUGCAGAACUUAGCUUCAGACCACAAGGACAUUCACAGCAGCAUUUCACGGGUGGGAAAAGCAAUUGAUAGAAAUUUCGAUGCAGACUUGUGUGGCAUUGUUCCUGCUGUGGUCUGGGAGUCCCAAGAGAAGCAGAUCCUGGUGAUGGCCAUUAUAGAGCACCUCUACCAACAAGGGAUGCUGGGAGUAGCUGAGGAACUUUGUCAGGAAUCCACUGCAAACGUGGAUGUAGACUUCAAAAGGCCAUUCCUGGAACUUAACAGCAUACUGGAAGCUCUGCGGAAACAAGACUUGGAGCCUGCUCUUAGCUGGGCAAUCUUCCACCGGCAGCAGCUGGCAGAACUGAACAGUUCUCUCGAGUUCCGUCUGCAUCGGCUCCACUUCAUCAGGCUCCUUGCUGGUGGUCCCGGAAAGGAGCUGGAGGCCCUGAGCUAUGCACGCCACUUCCAGCCCUUUGCGCAUCUACACCAACAAGAGAUCCAGGUCAUGAUGGGCAGCUUGGUGUACCUGCGUUUGGGCCUCAAGAACUCCCCGUACCGACACCUCCUGGAUGACAGCCAUUGGACUGAGAUUUGUGAGACUUUUACGCGUGAUGCCUGUGCCCUGCUGGGACUCUCAGUGGAGUCCCCUCUGAGUGUCAGCUUUGCUGCAGGGUGUGUGGCGCUGCCAGUGCUGAUGAACAUCAAGGCUGUGAUUGAACAGAGACAGUGCUCGGGAGUCUGGAGCCACAAGGAUGAGCUGCCAAUUGAAAUUGAACUAGGGAUGAAAUGCUGGUACCACUCAGUCUUUGCCUGCCCAAUCCUGCGCCAGCAGACAACAGACUCCAACCCACCUAUCAAGCUCAUCUGUGGGCAUGUUAUCUCUCGAGAUGCCCUCAACAAACUCAUCAAUGGAGGGAAGCUGAAGUGUCCAUAUUGUCCCAUGGAACAGAAUCCAGCUGAUGGAAAACGCCUCAUCUUUUGAUAAUGGAAAACUUUAGAACUUUUGAGUUUGUGAAAAUGGGCAGUGAGAACAAUGCUUAAUGAGAAGUGCUCUGUACUUGCAACAGUGCAUAGUCUCUUGCUUGGGAAGGUCUCAGCUGCAAUAGCUGUGGAACUGACUGGGCUAAGAUGAGAGUUUUCUAGUGUGGAGCACGACAUGUUUCUACAUUCCUGUCAGGAUAUUAUUCUCUCGCUCUCUCUUAGCUCCCUUCCUUGGCCUUUGAGUACUGUUCCUUGAUGGCAAGGUGACUUAACAUCUCCCCAUGCACACUUCAGUUUAUUGUUGUGUUAGGGGUUGUGCCACAAACAAGAGGAGGAGCUGCUGUCAUUUUAAAUUUGGAACAAAGACAUUAUUUUAUUUAACUCAGUUUGAUAUGAGGAAAAUUAUAGUUUCCUUUUUGCUUCUGUACGGUUUGGAAACGGGACAAUGUAGAAAGAUGGGUUACAUCUAAUUUGAGUUGGGAAUAUAAUUUAGAGCUUGCUCUGCUGCUGCUGUGAAGAAAGUUUUAAAGUAGGAUGGAAAGGAAUCCUGGCCCAUAGCCUUCACCAAAGGUGGUUUUGGGGCCUACGGCCACAAGCAGCAGAACUCUUCACAAAAUGAAGUUGGAGUAACCAUAAGAGUUAAUGCUUCUGGACAAAAAACACUUGCUCUCCAUCCCCUUCCACUUGGAGAACUAGCACACUGUUAAGGUUAAUGUGGACGAACCGCAUAUCUGCUGAGAAUAUGUAUUAGUGCCCUGCUGCUGUAUUGCUGAGUAAGAUUAGGCAGAAACAACGAAUCUACCUUGAUUUUAAACAACAAAACUUAAGAGAACAGCACAGGGUGAGAAAACUGGUACAACAGUAAUUAGGGCCCUGUCAAGUAGAUAAAUAAAUAAGAUACAAUUCAACUUUCCCCCUUGUAUUACAAUAUGUGUUCCUUAAAUAUGGUACUAAAUGCAGGUCCUGCUAUAUACAUGAACCAUUUUGGAAAAUAGUAUGACAAGGACUCUAUAAAGCGAAUGUAUGGGGUACAGAUUCUUAACAGAGAUAUUACAUCUGCUUUUAUAGAUAUCUACAGAACAUCCUUGGAGAUACACUAAAAAGCAAAAAUAAUUACUGUCAUAGUUCAUAACAAUCUAGGACUGAUGUUCCUAAGCUUCAAGAGUUGAGCCUACCUCCUUUAGGAAAAGUAUGGUAAUAUGUAAGUUAUUUAUAAACACACUAUAAGGAUAUAUUCUAACUUGAAGGUUACUGGAACAAGUCAGUGCCUUCAACAAGCAAAACGUAUGAUACAGUCUUUCUAAUGUUGCUGUAGCUGGCUGAUAUAAGCUUGGGAUUUUAUCUGACUGCAUGUGAUCAUUAUUUUGCCCUUCUCUAGGGCACCAAUGACUGUUAUGACUAUGGGAGGAGUGGCAUAGGAAUAUAUCUAAUUAAAUUUCUUUUCAGAUUGCUUGGUGAA